CACCGCAAGAAACCAUGGUGAAUCGGGGCUGAGGCAAGGUUAGAGCGCGCCUUGCUGUGUCCACUGCGGGCGUCAGCCGGGCUAGAGAGCUGAGGGCUUCCUGUCAAUCGGGGGACGGUGUGGAUUCGCGCACCUACUGCUGUACAAUGAACGCACCGCAUGGCGGAUCAGAUUGGAAAUUUACUGAAACAAUGUAUGAUGGGCCCUGCCCUGAGGACAAGCACUACACGCUCGUUAGAGAGCUUCGGUGACGAAGGGUCGCUGGACCGAAACGAGGAAGCAGCUCGGCCCAUAAUUUUGCACAGUAUCGCGUUUUUGCCCUCGUCUCUUCUCCGGAUACUGCAGUAGAGACCCACAGACAAUCGGAGAGACCAUUACAACAGGUGCAAACGAGACCCGAUUCGGUUCAGGAGGGGUGUACGAUGGAGAAUCGGAUUUUCGACAGCCGUGGAGGAGCCGGGGAGGAACGGGGUCUGUUGCUGGACAGCUGUGAAUGGGCGGAAACAAAUUGAUUGGUUGACUGUUGGUUGGUUUAUGUUUGGUCUGUUUUUCCUGAACACCACGGGUUCGCUUCUUCUCAUGUACCAGGUAUUGGGGGGGAAAUGGAGAGGGUGAUGUUUAACUUGACGAGAAAAGGGAUUCGGUAUCUAUUUGGGCCGCCAAAAACGACGACGACAUUUUUGUGAGCACAGAUCCACGAGCGAAGGUCUACGGAAUCUGUUUUUGAACGUCAACAGCAGUCCCUCCUUCUGGCCAAAUCCCUCGGUAGGGGUACAAGGAAAGAGUCAUUCCUUUUUAUUGCCUGGGUGGUGAGUGGUAGAUCCUCAUCGUUGUGUUUUGCCUGGCCUCGGGUGCGUGUCGAAUGCAAGCGAUGAGCUCUACUGGUAUCAAUAUUUCAUCCUUUGUCCAUCAUAUCGCCUGCGACGUGUGGCUUCUUGAGGCCUUACACCUGCUUUUGUAAAGCUAUCACUGCUGUGGUGUUGGUUUUCUGGGUGGUGCCUGAUUCUUUGAUUUUCAAGCAUGCACCACGGCAAGCGUCCGCAUCAGUUGGACCAGCACGGAAAGUGAGCAGAG